UCUUUAUAACCUGGCCUCACUGGAACUUAGAGAAAAUUUGCUGACAUACUUACCUGAAUCACUUGCCCAGCUGCAGCGACUAGAAGAACUUGAUUUAGGAAACAAUGAACUUUAUCACUUGCCAGAAACAAUUGGUGCACUUUUCAAUCUUAAAGACCUCUGGUUGGAUGGAAACCAAUUAGCUGAAAUACCUCAGGAAGUAGGAAACCUGAAAAACCUGCUUUGUCUGGAUGUUUCUGAAAAUAAAUUGGAAUGCCUUCCUGAAGAAAUUAGUGGUCUGACUUCUUUAACAGACCUGCUUGUUUCUCAAAAUUUACUUCAGGUCUUACCUGAUGGCAUUGGAAAAUUGAGGAGGCUCUCCAUUCUGAAGGUUGAUCAGAACAAACUUACUCAGCUAACAGACUCAAUUGGAGACUGCGAAAGCCUUACUGAACUGGUUCUAACAGAAAACCAGCUGCAGUCAUUACCGAAGAGCAUUGGAAAACUAAAGAAGCUGAACAAUUUGAAUGCCGAUAGAAACAAAUUAACAUCUUUACCCAAAGAGAUUGGGGGGUGCUGCAGUCUUAAUGUCUUUUCUAUACGUGACAACAGAUUAUCUCGAAUUCCUUCUGAAAUUUCACAAGCCACUGAACUUCAUGUCCUGGAUGUUGCAGGAAAUAGGCUGACGUAUCUUCCCAUCUCUCUGACUACCUUAAAGCUGAAGGCUUUGUGGUUGUCUGAUAACCAGUCCCAACCUUUGCUGACGUUUCAGACUGACACAGACCCUGAAACAGGAGAAAAGAUUUUAACAUGUGUAUUACUUCCUCAAAUGCCUUCUGAGCCUGGUUGCCAAGAUAACCUACCACGAUGUGGGGCACUGGAGAGUUUGGUAAAUGAAAUGUCAGAUGAAACAUGGAAUGAGCGGGCAGUGAAUAGAGUCAGUGCAAUUCGCUUUUUAGAAGAUGAAAAAGAUGAAGAUGAUAAUGAGAUGAGAACACUUCUAAGGCGAGCCACUCCACACCCUGGAGAAUUAAAGAACAUGAAAAAGACAGUGGAGAAUUUACGGAAUGAUAUGAAUGCUGCUAAAGGACUGGAUUCAAACAAAAACGAGGUCAAUAAUGCCAUUGACAGAGUGACCACUUCUGUGUAGCGUUUCAUCUCCA